AACGGUCUUUACCCAAAAAUGGAAAGAUCUGAAGGGUACUUUGAGAGUUUCCGGCGAAAAUUCUACCUCUGCUCCGGCAACAAUCAUCUCCAUGAGCUGCUCCCAACCAUCAACUAGCAAGAAAUCUCAGCGAGCUGGACUCAAAGAAGAAAAAGAAAGGCAAGCUGUAUCCUCUCAAAAGCCUCUCCCAGAGAAUAAUGAGGCACCCAUGAAUUAUUACUCACCAAGAGAUAAUUUUGUUGCUCCAAGUAAUAUUGAAAGACACUCAGUGAGCCGUGGGAUCUCUCAUGAGAACUCAAACUCCCAUAGGAGGCAACCAACUACCUGGAAGAUCAGAGAGCAUCACUCCCGCUCUGCCUAUGAUCACCGCUCACCAAGGGGAAACUUCACUGAGGACAAGAGACACUCUACUUCAAUCUACUCCCAAGAAAGCUCCAGAGGCCAUAGAGGAUUUAGACCCCUAAUCAGUGAAAGAUCUUCCUCCAGAACUCACUCUGCCCCUAGGGAAGAGAACAACAGAGAUCAUAUCAAACAUUCUCAGUUCUCAGAAAGACCAAAUUACCAAUGGAGAGAAAAACUGAACUCAAGAACCUAUCCAAGACCUGAGUGCUCCGAGUCCUCUAGAACUAGAAGACCACCAUUGGAGAGGUCCCUUAACCCAACUGAAGUAACACCCCCUCCUCCUCCUCCAAUGCCUACAACUGAAGAAGUUAUGGGAGAGCUUCGUGAUGUUACUGUCCAGUACAUCAGCUGCUCUGACCCCACAGAGAGCGCUACUAGGAAACGCAGAGUCAUACAAGGGGAAGCAAAAGGGCUUAUGGCAGAGACAGCCUCACAAAUGAUUGAGGCAGCAAUCAUCUCAGACAACAAUUACCUGGCUUCUUUUGCUACUGCUCAAGAGGAUAUUGUUGAAAGUCAAGAUCUGCCCCGACUCCCUGAGGCAUGUAAUGCAAACACUUCAGCUCCGACUAAGAAGAGAAGAGGCUGCCCCCCUUAAAUAAGUCUCCUAUUAACCUGAUGGGAGCUAAAUCAAGUAAGAGAAACAAAUGCUUGAUUCAAAA